AUGAACGUGGUCCGGGAAAUCACGAGGAUAAACCAAGCCGAACUAGACAUUGCCCUUGGCAACCCCUCCGCCUCCUGGCACGCACAAUACUCGGAUUCGGCAUACAUCUUCAUCGGUGGUCUACCCUACGACCUCACCGAAGGAGACGUCAUCACCAUCUUUUCCCAGUAUGGCGAAGUUGUAGAUGUAAACCUACCCCGAGCACAGUCUCAGCCCUCUCGCACGCAGGCUUCUGGGUCGAACGAGGAACCCAAGCCGGAGCCGGAGCCGGAGCCGGAGCCGAAGCCGGUGGGCAAGGGAAAACACAGAGGGUUUGGCUUCUUAAUGUACCAAGAUCAAAGGAGCACCGUGCUGGCAGUCGACAAUCUGAACGGGGCGGUGGUGUUGGGCAGGACGUUGAGGGUUGAUCAUGUAGCUGGGUAUAAGCAGCCAAAGGUGAAGGCCCAGCAUGGCCUCUUGGCCGAGGCAGAGAGUAAGAGUUUGAAUGCUAUGCCGCAGUUGAUCAGCCAUCUGGAAGGCACACAUACGGAGCCGGAGGAGCAACAGCGCGGUUUGGAAGAUCCAAUGGCAAACUACUUCAGACAAAGGAGGAAGGAGCAGAGGGCUAGCAUUCGGGCUGAGCGCGAGGCCAAGAGGAGGAGGAGAGAGGAGCGAGCGUCUACUUCCACAAGAUAUAAAGAUGACAAGAGGCAGGACAAGAGACACGCUUCGCUUCGGAGGCAAAGUAGCGAUGAACAGCAACCGCUCAAUCGCUACCAACAGAUCAACAAACAGCCUAGCAUUCUCGACCAUCCAGAAUCGCACACCAGAGAUUCGAGACUCUCACACCGGCACCGCGAUCGAAGGCACAGAGACGACGACAGAGACGACGACAGAGACGACGACAGAGACGACGACAAAGACAGAGAGAGAAAACAUCCUAGUAGUCACUAUCAUAGCAGCAGUGGUCCACGUCCAUCUCGUUAA